CAUGCGCUCGCCCUAUGGCCUGCGUUUCUGGAACAUUCCUGAAGCAUGGAGAUCGCUCUUCCAGGGACUAUAAACAUUUCUUCCUUCCGGGAGGCCGAGCGAUCCGAUACGUACAUCAGAAAACGAUUCCCUCUUUGCCCCACCCGCCUUCAUGUCAGAGGACGCGAAAGCGAAAGGCAACGCAGCCUUCGCUGCUGGCCGCUUCGAAGACGCCAUCCGCCACUUCUCCGAGGCCAUCGACCUCGCCCCCGCUAACCACGUCCUCUACUCCAACCGCUCCGCCGCCUACGCCUCCCUCCAGCGCUACGACGUGGCCCUCGCAGAUGCCCGCAAGACCGUGGAACUUAAUCCCGGGUGGGCCAAGGGCUACAGCCGCCUCGGCGCUGCCCACCUCGGCCGCGGCGACGCCGACCAGGCCGUCGCCGCCUACGAGAAGGGCCUCGAGAUCGACCCGGCGAACGAAGCGCUCGAGGCCGGCCUCGCCGACGCUCGCGCUGCCGCCGCGCGGUCCCGGGGCCCGAUCCCGCCGCAGGAGGCCUCCCCAUUUGGGAAGAUCUUCCAGGGGCCGGAGCUCUGGGCGAAGCUGACGGCUGAUACUACCACCAGGGGCUACCUCCAGCAGCCGGAUUUCAUAAAAAUGAUCCAGGACAUCCAGAAGAACCCUAACAAUAUCAAUAUGUACCUCUCGGAUCCGAGGAUGAUGCAGGUGAUCGGGGUUCUUCUCAAUGUGAAGAUGAGGGCGCCCACGGAUGAGAUGGAGAGGGAUUUUAUGGAGCCAGAGCAAGUGAAGCCUCAGCCCGAGCCAGUAAAGAAGGCAUCGGAACCGGAGCCAGUGCCAGAGCCCAUGGAGGUGCCGGAAGAACAAAAGGAGUCUAAGGAAAAGAAAGCAGAGGCACAAAAGAAGAAGGAAGCAGGGAAUGCUGCUUACAAGAAAAAGGAUUUUGAGACAGCGAUUCAGCAUUACACACGUGCAAUGGAACUUGACGAUCAGGACAUUUCCUACAUAACCAACCGAGCUGCUGUUUUCUUGGAGAUGGGAAAGUUUGAAGAAUGCAUAAAGGAUUGUGAUAAAGCUGUUGAACGUGGCAGAGAGCUUCAUUCUGACUUUAAAAUGAUUGCAAAGGCAUUGACUAGGAAAGGGACCGCUCUUGUGAAGCUUUCCAAGUGCUCCAAGGACUAUGAUAUUGCUAUUGAGACUUUCCAGAAAGCGCUAACUGAGCACCGAAACCCUGACACUUUGAAAAAGCUCAAUGAUGCUGAGAGGGCAAAGAAAGAAUUAGAACAACAAGAAUACUUUGAUCCAAAAAUAGCUGAUGAGGAACGUGAGAAAGGUAAUGAGCUUUUCAAGCAGCAAAAGUAUCCGGAGGCAGUUAAACACUAUACCGAAGCUCUAAGGAGGAACCCAAAGGAUCCAAAGGUUUACAGCAAUAGAGCCGCAUGCUACACGAAGCUGGGUGCUUUGCCUGAAGGUUUAAAAGAUGCAGAGAAGUGCAUUGAGUUGGAUUCAUCCUUUUCUAAAGGAUACACAAGGAAAGGUGCAAUCCAGUUCUUUAUGAAAGAGUAUGACAAAGCUUUAGAGACUUAUCAGGAGGGCUUGAAACACGAUCCAAACAAUCAGGAGUUGUUGGAUGGUGUCAGGAGGUGCGUUGAACAGAUUAAUAAGACAAACAGGGGGGAAAUUAGUCCAGAGGAAUUGAAGGAGAGACAGGCAAAGGCUAUGCACGACCCUGAAAUCCAAAAUAUCCUUACAGAUCCUGUUAUGCGACAGGUGUUGAUCGAUUUCCAAGAGAACCCUAAGGCUGCACAGGAGCACCUCAAGAACCCUCAGGUUAUGCACAAGAUACAAAAACUUGUGGGUGCAGGGAUUGUGCAGAUGAGGUAGAGGAUGGAAUCCAAGCUUGGAUUUGUUUGAUGUGCUCCUUUUUGAGGGUCUAUUUGUGUUUGGUUCCAAAUAUGAACAUGAAACCUGUACUAUGAUGAUGAUGUCCUCGGUUCAUUGUUUCAGUAUCCAUUUCUGUGGUACUUUCUUGACUCUUUUCUUUAAUCUUUUUGCGUUUGUUUGGUGAACUAA